AUGGAGAAUCAAAAUAGGGAAAGUGAAAAAACUGUGUCGGAUAGUGUAGCUGAAAGUUUGAAUCACCGUAAACGAACGCAUUCUCUAUCAUCAAGUUCCAGCAGCGACGAUAGCGACUCGGCGAAUAGGGAUUCAAGCCCUAGAAAUAAGGCAAGGAAAUAUUCCGCAACUGUGAGUAAUGCACAAUUUGAAAUUUUAUCUCAACAAGUAUCGCUUUUAACGAACCUCAUAACGGCCAGUUUAGAAAAUAAGGAUUGUCAAUUGAAUAUCGAGGAUACAAAUGUGACUACAAACGAGUUUAGGUUACACCGCCCGGAACUUGAUAAUAGUAACACACUGAACAUCUUGUCAGAUGUGGGUACCACGGUUAAAGAUCCUAUUUAUACCAAAUCAAAUGAAAGUUUUGUGAAUAAAUUAGUCGAAUUACAACGAUUUAAUUAUGCCGAUUGGUAUGCGGUUCGUUUUGCUGAUGCUCAAAAGAAAUAUUUGUCCACCCCCGGUUUUAUUGAACUUAGUGUCAACGAUGAAUUAAAACGUUACGAAAGCGCAAUGUUAAAAGAAGAUUCACGUUCAUAUUUAUUAGAGCGUUCAUUCGCUAGCUUGACUAAUGCCUUACUUUCUCAAAAAGAGUUAUUGCAUAAGUCAUUACAUAUGGUUGUAGACUGGGCAUAUGAUUCCAAAGAAACAUUAACACCCAGUUCCUUAUUUGACAAAAUACAAACAACAUUUUCUAAAGAAUCCGCAUAUAGUAAAGUAACAGAUGAUCUGUUACAAAUAAUUUGUGGAAGGCGAACAGAUCUUAUUACCAAUCGCAGAGAUUCCUUAUUACGACAAAUUCCUGAGUCAUAUCAUCGCGACGUAUUGUAUAAAAUUCCCCCAAGUUCAGUUUCACUCUUUAACGAAGAAAAACUAUCGUUUGUGUCGAAACCAACUCAUAAAGCUAAAUCUAACAAAAACUUCUAUGACAAUCAAAGACCAUCCACCAGCAAACAAACUGAUGAUACAUUUUUUCGUCAAGACUAUUCAUCAAAAAGGGGUAAGCGUGCACCUCGCCCUGCCAAUCAACAGACAGGCAAACCUACCAAUAAAACUAGACAACAACAGCUUAAAAAACGACAUGGCCGUUCCUCAUUUAAAGGUAAGCAUCAUGAAUGACUCGACGCGCUUUCGCUGCGGUUGUCUAAAACAAUUUCAAAAUGCUUGGAGCAAUUUAGGUGCACCAAAGGAAAUUUGUCGAUUAUUAAACGGUGUUCGCAUACCUUUCGUAAUGAAACCGCCGCUAAUAUCUCCAAACAGAAUAAUCAUGCAAUCCUACAGAACCAAAUCGUCUUGUCAAAUGACUGCACAGGUUCAGGCAAUGCUGGAGGCAGAAAUUCUGGAAGAAGCGGAAGAGGGUCCCAGCUACCUAUCAACGUUCUUUUUGGUGGCAAAAUCAGAGGGAGCGUUUCGUCCUAUCUUCAACCUCAAGCAUCUGAACCGUUUCGUACAAACAAAACCUUUCAAACUGUUCAGUCAUUUUCGUGUUCCAGAAUUUCUGCAGGAUCAGAACUGGAUGGCAAAGUUAGACCUGCACCAAGCCUAUUUUCAUGUUCCUAUUUGCUCAAAGCAUCGCAAAUUCCUGAGACUCAAUUAUCACCGCAAUCCUCAUCAACAUCAGUUGCUGCAGAUGACAUGCUUGCCGUUCGGUCUUUCAUCGGCACCCAGAAUAUUCGCAACGAUUACCAACUGGUUAGCGGAAUACCUAAGGAAUCAUGGUAUCAGGUGUGUAGUUUAUCUGGACGAUUUUCUUUUAGCCAAUCAAUCCAAGAGUCAAUUGCAAAACGACAUAGCAUACACAGUAAAAACAUUGCAAAUACUAGGCUGGUCAAUCAAUCACAGCAAAUCUGUGUUAGCUCCGACUCAGUGCCUCGAGUUUCUCGGCAUAAUGUGGGACACGAAACGCAACGCAAAGUCCUUGUCUGAGCAGAAGUGCCUAUCGCUACGCAAAGCACUUCAGAAACAGCUCAGGAAUGGCAAGUGGUCCCUCUGACAAUACCAGACCUUGAUGGGGCGACUCAACUUUGCCUCAUUUGUGACAAAAAGGGGACGGCUUCAUUGUCGCCCUUUACAAUACUUCAGUCGUUAGUUGCCAAAGACGUGUCCCUUUCGUCUACUAAAAAUUCCUCAACAGGUUCGAUCAGAGAUGGAAUGGUGGUACAAGACACUAGGAGGUUACACGCCGAUACACACGCAAGCAUUAACCCAAUUAUUAACGACAGAUGCAUCCGCCAUAGGUUGGGGUGCACAACUCGACGACUUGAAUAUCAAGGGAACCUGAACGAAACAACAACAGACAUGGCACGCGAACCAGAAGGAAAUGUUUGCUGUUCAUGCGGCAAUACUAAAUCAAUCGCAUCAGCUUCGUAAUGCUCAAGUGCUUCUUCAGACGGACAACCGCACUGUAGUAUCGUAUAUAAACAAAGAGGGCGGAACAAAAUCAAAAAGACUUCUGGAACAAACUCAGCAUCUGAUACAGACUCUAGACAAAUUAAAUGUCCAUAUAAUAGCCCAGUAUUUUCCAGGCAGGUUCAAUGCCGAAGUAGUCGCACUAUCACGUCAGAGGGUCCAACCCGAGUGGCAUUUGACGCAAGCAGCAACAACAACAAUUUUUCAAAUGUGGGGCACACCGGAAAUAGACUUGUUUGCUUCGAAAAUAGCUCACGUAGUGCCGAGGUAUGUAUCCAUGGAUAUAAGCGACCCAGAAGCGCAGCAUUACAAUGCCUUCCGUCACCGGUGGAAUUACAAACUCGUAUGGCUGUUUCCACCGCCGAAUAUAAUCCCGAGAGUACUCCGUCAUCUGAACCAGGCCAGCGGUCAGAACAUUCUGAUAGCCCCGAAGUGGAACAAGGUAUUUUGGCGCCCAGAUGUUCAAAGUUGGGCACUUCAACUUCCAUUCAUGAUUCCAGACUUAGCGCAGGUUCUCCUCGACACCACGACCGGGACACACGCACCAGAGGUACAAGAACUGCGCCUGGAGGCAUGGCUGAUUUCGGGUGGCAGGACAUGCUGACAGAGUGGACUCCACAAGAACAAAGGCUGCUAAUGUCAAGCUGGUGA